AUGUCACAGAUUACACAGAUCAAACCUAUAAAUGUAAAAGUGUACGGAAAAAGUCUUCAAAAAUUGUAUGGUGUACGUUUAAAAUUUCGAUUAGAAAAAUCAAUAAAUAUUGCCAAUAGCAUAUGUGUUAUUCUAUUUCAAACAGUUUCAAGGCGCAAAAUUUCUCAGGGGCAGCACCUACUCACACUACCUCUGUCUUCUAUUUAUUUCACAUCUGAGAGAAGUUUCAAGAUAUUAGAGCUGCCCGCCACUACAUCGCUCUUCCUGCGCCGCAACUGCCAUAAUUUUGGCUACGAUUACAGCAGCCCCACGCAACUAGACCUUAGUCGAGAGGCGACUCGCCUGGUAAUUCGCCGCCUCCAGCGCACCGUUCUCCGCAUCCUCCGUGACCCCGACAACAUGUCCCAGGCGACUCCCACGUUUGCACGGCCUUCGCCGGCCGACCAGCAGUCGGAGCGUCCACCGCCGCCGCCACGGUCAGAGCAGGAGGACAGCUCAUUUGCAGCCCAUCGAAGAACUAACGGCGGCAAGCAAGACUCCAACUGCCGCACGUGCAACGACUUCAAGUCGUGGUCCAAACAGCAGCGGCUUAUCUCAAACGUGCAAAAUUCUAAGGUCAAACACAUGGCCACUGCGGAGAAGAUAAGCGUUAAUGCCGAGGAGGUUCGUGAUGACUGUCCGCUGGACAAAGUGCGUUUGGGCAUAUCUACGUGGGGCCUGCUGCAUACCAUGGCCGCUUUCUAUUCGGACAAUCCCACAGACACAGAGAAGCGCGACAUGAAGACUUUCUUUGAGGUCCUCUCUCGUCUCUAUCCCUGCGAGUUCUGCGCCAAAGAUUUCCGUACCGAUUUGGACGUCAAUCCCAUCAACGUCAACUCACAGAAGGAACUGGCUAUGUGGCUAUGCAAGUUCCAUAACCGAGUGAACGAUAAACUCGGUAAGCCGCUCUUCGACUGCAGCAAGGUGAACGAGCGUUGGCGCGACGGCUGGCUAGACGGUUCCUGCGAAUAGACACCGCUCCGUCGACCCGUCGCCCCGCUCGCCCCCGCAAGCCGCAGCCGUGGUCGCUCCCCAUUCCGAUGCGAAGAGCCCCCUGAUACAUAAAUGUCAUACUGCUACAUAAACCAUGUUGACCAGAAUUGUCCCACUUAAAUGGUUCGGCAUAUUUACGUACACAAACUCAUUGACAGACACUCGAUUCAGCGAAGGCGGUGCUCCGGUGCUUCCUCGAUGGCGACCGAACUUUAGCUAGGCGGCGAGUCGGUGUCCGAAUCUCUGUGCCAUGUUUUUGGGCGGUGGCCCAUUUCCCUUACUGCAUUCCUCCGCCCAGACUAGCACAUAAAACUGGGAAGCCGAUCGGUCGGGGCCUGAGUCGACUAAGGGCGACGUGAAAUUGUGUUAUACCGUAAUAGAAGAACACAUCCAAAGGUCUUUUGUUAAAUGCUUUUGCCGGCUAUGAACACUUGCUAUGACAAUACAAAAUUUGUUGAA